AUGGCGACUAAUAUUGUCCACGAGUGGCUGCGGUCGCUGGACAUGUUACAGUACGCCGAGGCGUUCAUCGACAACGGCUACGACGAUCUGGAAAUUUGCAAACAAGUUGGACAGCCCGAUCUGGAUGCGAUCGGCGUUGAACACCCCGACCACCGAAUGGACAUUUUAGAUGCGGUCUCCCGGUUGAAAGAGGAGGGUGGAACGCAGGUAUAUUUUACGCUGGAGCCUACAGGGGAGUCGUCUGAUUCUGACAGAGAGAGGGAACUUAGCGGCGAUGAUAUGCUCGACAAGGACGAAGAUUAUUAUACCUACUCAGGCGGUCGUCGGGGUAAACACCCCGGACGAACUUCUUACCCCAAAUUGCAGCUAAAAAUGAUGGUCCGUGAUAAAUUAGUAGCCGAGGGAAUUAGAUUGAACUCGUAUCCAUUUACAAAACAGGAUGGUUCCCGUGGUAACAUUCGAGAGAUAGCAAAACGAUAUGCAAAAGAUCUGAAUACUUACCAAAAAGAUGUUUUUGAUCGUUUGGAAGAACUUCGUAAGCGAAGAGUAUCGCAAGAUUUGGAAAAUUCGCCUAUGAUAAGAUAUGUUGUCUCUAGUCCAACUAGUCCACGAUCAUUAAUACCAGAAGAAAUUUGUUACCAUGGUGAUCAAUUUACAGAGCCCCUCAUCUCUUCACCCGAAACAAUAAGAAGUCAGCACAGCACAAGGGUCAGUACACCAAAAUCAGAAGAAAGCGUUUCUCUGACGGCGAAAUAAAGAAGAAAGGCAGAAUCGGUAAACUACUUAAGAAGUCUUUCAAGAAAGAAAGAAAAUCCUCUAAUAAAUCCAAGCCAACUAGAAUGACGGAAGCUGAAAUCAACGCUAGUGAGAUUACAAUGAGUGAUGAUGACCGAAUAACGCUAAUGAAUUUGGUGAAAGAACGUGCACUUACAGUGGACCAGGCACUUACAAGACUUAAGCAAUACGAAGC